UUUUAAUCCUCUCCCGGGUCUCACGAUCCAAAAUUGCGUGCAUUCUGGUCGACGCAUCUCGUAAAAAUUGAUCACGGCUCUUGCCAGGGUGCCUAAUAAUAGACCACGCGCAUGCUUUGCCACGACAGCUUCUCCAGAUGUCAUUAUUCAAAGGCUGGGGUGCUCCUUCCUCGCGCGACGAGGACGCGCAAGGCAUGCCUCCCAAAUGCACCCAGCACCUUGAAAUUGCCAGUGCCAGUUCUUUGCUGGGGAGUCGAGAGGCUCAACCCACCCACCAAACCUGGGUUAACGCGCACGUAACAAAUAGAACGCCAUCACUUCGCCCCAGCACUUGCGCUUACCGUUGGGAGCUGGUUCUCUCGUACAUUACAGCCGUGGCGAAGGCGUCGUUUCUGCCUGAGUAUUCACAUUCCAGGAUGAUUCGUCUCCAGCCAACAUCUAUCCUCCUGACCAUGUCCGAGGUCAAGGACCUGGAACACCGUCGUCGUUAUCGUAGGUAUCUUCAAAGGCAGGAAUACCCAACGUCGGAGGAGACGGUUCAUCGAAAGACCAGUCCGAGCUUGGCACAUCGGGCAAUCCCUGUGACGCUUACUGGACUUCGCGAUCGAAGGUCGUCUGCCUCACCAGAAUCUUUCAUUGCCGACGCAUUACCAGCGUCGCCCUUGGCCAGGAUCGUGACCAAACAAAGGGGAGAGAUUGAAGAUGAGGCGACCCCAACAAGAUCACAACCCGCUACAGGGCGGAGGAUGCUUCGGCAGGGUCCCCAAGCGACUCGCAGCGGCCCCGAUACACUCCAUCACCUGGAUUUGCCCAUAUCCUCGGGGUUGACUUUCUCAGCACAGCCGCGCAGACGUCUGGUACCCCAGAGACCCUCAGAGUGCGACAGCUCACAGACUGUGCCAGGCAGUGAGCCAGUACAGAGUUGUUUCUCGCCCGAAGGGAUGAAAGAUGCAAACAAUGUCGACCUCGCCGUCAAUGCUCACAAUCGUGCACCAGCGAGGACCGACAUGAACCCUCACAGGACCAAAGAUACUGAUCCAAUGAAAAGCACUGGUCGCAGCCCGACGUCUGGCCUGCUGGAUCUGAGCAUCUCCUCCACAGAGGCUUCAACUAGGACCCCGUCCAAGAAGACGUGGACGCAGACCCUAGCAAUCCGGACCCGACGCUCUUUCGGCGUUGAACCGUUACUGGGAAACGGUGCAGUGCCCGGUACACUGGGAUCCCAGCGUCGUUGGUCGUCUUGUAUCGCGACCGAGCCCGAACACGACGGUGAACCUGGACCCUCGAACCGAAGUAGUCCGCAGAGGGCAGAGAGAUCGGUCGGACGUCUAGACCAGAUGUCUCCAAAGGCUGGCCGUGUGUUGUCCAUAUCCACUCACGAGGCAAGUGCUGCGGGAGGGAGUCGGUCGCCAGGACACCCAGCCUCGUCCGCCCGGAAUCCCACGACCCCUAGACGUAGUAUGCGGAUAUAUGACGAUCUGCUCUCGCCAACGCGUCAGCCUCAGACUCCAGAGCAGUUGCCAGAAUCCCAGCACCAGAGCAGACUUCGGGGGUCAUACACGGCCCCGAUAAGCCGGCUGCGGUCUUCCCAAGUCCUCGGUCGGCCCCCAGCGACAGCCCGAAGAUACCGUCACCGCAGAGCACCAAGUCCCGUGGGCAUGCGGACACCAGGGUUUGAGGGUCUCUAUGGUGGGCACGAGAAUGAGGAUGAUGCUUUACUGUUUGCAGAGGCAUCGGAGGCGGCGGAGCCGGGCACUCCCCCCUCCAGACUCAGGCGCGCAGACUGAUACGGAAUUGCCGUCCGACCUCAGCUUACGUCAUGAGACAGUACAUGGGCAUUGCAGCGUGAUGGGAGACAUGGAAGACCGGUGUGGUAGAAUGAGACAACGCAUAAAUUAUCACGGAAGACUGGAUGCUUCGCUACGUCUGGCCGGGAAAAGAACACAACGAUGGUUUUGAUAUCCUAAGGUGUUUUGGCUCUUUGAUGCUCAGGGGCAGGAACAAGGUAGUCAACUCACUCCCCUUUGCUCCCAAAUGGAACAUCAGACAGCAUAAAGUAAAACUCAAAAUCGAGCUCUCGAAAUACCAGAGCAACAGGCCGUGGAGGUACAUACAUGAAUCGCAUCUAGCGCAUGAACUUAAAUAGUUGGUGGCAGAAUACUCUCUUGUGACGUUGGAACUGCCAUGUAUUCGAGGAUUCACACGCGGAGCCGAGGGUAUUCGGUAUGGCAUCCACGAGUGGCAGCCUCUCGAGUCAUGCUGACGAGUGAUGUGCUGCUGGUAUGUAGUACUGUGGUUGAAGGCGGUGGUGGCUGCUUACUCCGUACUGUCAUGGCAUGGGAUUGAACCAGUCCGUUGUGCAAAGCCUGCAUAACUAUUAUGCCGGAUCCCAUCUGAACAACGCGGCGUUUGGCUUGUGCCGGGAGGUCUGGCAGUCCGCAGGUCAGUGAGCAGGGCAAGAAAG